UAAAAAAUGCUAAUAUUUAAAUAUCUUUAAAUUGUCUAACUCUGUCACCACUUUAAAGGCAAAAUAUAUAUCUUAGGCUAUAUUGAUUUAGCUUUAGAUGUCAUCGAUGGCAAUUCUUUACAUUACUGACAGAAUGUUUAAAAAAAUCACUUGAAAUUGAAAAGGUAGGCUGUACGAACCUCUCAGUCUUCCUACUUUGUUUCAUAGUGGUGGCUUUUAUUUCAUAUUAAGCAUAAUAUCAAAUGACCACCGUUUUACCUAGUGGGUAACUAUGGUUACCAUGGUAAAUCUUGGAAAGGGCAGUAAGCGCAAAGUGCGCGUGGCUCCGGGGCGGGUGGCUCGCGGGUCCAUCAUAGAACAGUUACCCAAACGACUUUCCCGUCAGUAACAGCUCCGUCGCUCAUCUUUACUCGCUCGCUCAACACUAACACACACUCAACCGGAACAUCUGAUUCUUUUGUGAAGGUUAGCUGUGUGGUUAAUGCGUGUUUCGUGCCUUCUCUGCUCGGUGUUCCAGCACCGCGCCCGGAUGGAAAUGUGUCUUCCGGGGAAAAGCUGCUUUCAGCCAACGAGACACAGUGCACAGCACGCCGCACAGCCUGGACAUCUGCAACUUUCAACAGAAGCGUGUGCCUUUCUAAGAACGCAUGCGGUUUGAGACGCAGAUCUAUGGCCAGACCUAUGCAUCCCAGAGGGAAGGAGAGCCGUGGAAAAUCUGAUAGAGGCUCGUAAGAGCUCAAACCCCAUCAUUUUGCGAUUUCAUUGUGAUCUAAGUGCCGUCAUUCAUGGAUGUGGAAGCAGAGGCGGGUCCGCUGAACGUGCAGACGGUGGAUGAACCACCGGGAGGCGCCACCGUUAUCGUAGCCGCCGCAGAGAUUCAGGUCCAAACGGUGCUAGGGAGCGAUGGCGAGCUCAGUGAGGAUGACCUGCAGUCGAGCGCUGGAGCUCAAACACCGGCAGCGGGUGAUCCGAUCACAGAGAUCGAGGAUGGUGCACGGGCAGGGACGGAAACACCGGCCGAGGACAUCGUCGGGCAGAGCGCGUGGAAAUCGGAAACAGUGGGCUCCAGCUGCAGCAACGAGAGCUGCAUCCCGACUCCAGGCUGUCGGAUUUGCUUUCAAGGAGCCGAGCAGGGGGAGCUGCUGAGCCCGUGCCGCUGUGCUGGUUCUGUCCGACAUGCUCAUCAGCAGUGUCUGCUCAAGUGGAUCAGUGAGAAGGGCUCCUGGAGCUGUGAACUCUGCAACUAUAGAUUCAACAUCCUGCCUAUACAUAUCAAACCACCACAACAGUGGCAGACUGUCACCAUGACUCUGGUGGAAAAGGUUCAGGUCAUUGCAGUGUUGCUGGGUGGCAUCUUUCUGCUGGCCAGUGUAUCAUGGCUGCUGUGGUCAGCACUGAGCCCGGAGGCUCUAUGGCAACGCAGUGACAUCCUGUUCCAGAUCUGCUAUGGCAUGUAUGCAGUCAUGGACAUUGUGUGUUUCGGUCUGAUUGUUCAUGAAGGUGGUGCUGUGUACAAUGUGCUGAUGCGCUGGCGGGCUGUUAAUCUCUUCUGGGACGUCCAGAACUACGAUAAAAGCCGAGACCUGGAGAGCACGCACAGCCCGCACCGCAACCUGUGGCUGCCUCUCACACACACACAUACAGUCUCCAACACACACUCACAAACCACCCGACUGGAGUCAUCGCCUCGAUGCCCCCUCCGCCUCCUCUCCAUGUGCCUGAAUGUGACCUCUAACCUCUCCCCGCAGGAGCAAGUCUCAGGCGAGCUGGUCGUUAGGGUCACGUCAGUUUGACAUCAAAUGAAACUCUUUCAGGGAUCAAUCAAACGUCCUUUGUGGGAGUGGCUAACCAGUGGGAGGAGCCUCAGUGUUGGGAGGAGCCUUACUUGAAAAGCACUUUAGAAGAUACACAAACUGAAUUAAAUACAGUAUUAAGUUGCAUUGUAUACUGAACAGGUGUUUCCAGCCUGAAGUUCAGCCUUUGAGCAUCGAAGUAAGACUGCAAAGCUCUCCGCACACACACAGACUUAUAAAAAAAAUUAUAAUGCACACAAAAUGUAUUACUGC